UGUCAUUUAACUGUCAUGUCAAAGUCAAAUCAAAUCAAAACAUUUUCGGUCGAAGUUACAACGCGAGUAUAUAAUAUUUAAUAAAACAUGUCUGGAGGGCAAGCUAUUAAAGUAGGCACUAAAAUCGUAAAGCCGGUACUCUCCCUAAAUCAUGGAGAGGCUAGAAUGCGAGUGCUGAACCUCUACAAGGCUUGGUAUCGCCAAAUCCCGUACGUUAUUAUGGAGUAUGAUAUACCUAAGAGUGAAGAACAAUGCCGCGCUAAGCUGAAGGAAAUGUUCAUGAAAAACAAAGAUGUAACCGACAUCAGAGUUAUUGACAUGCUUGUCAUAAAGGGCCAGAUGGAACUGAAGGAAACCGUAAACAUGUGGAAACAGAAGGGCCACGUGAUGGCCUACUUCAAGCCAACCGAGGAACCUAAACCUAAAGAUUUCCUUUCUAAAUUCUUCAAUGGAAAUGAAUAAACUGUUACAAUCUAGCAAAUGUAAAUAGUUCUACCAUCUAAGUUUAAACCAUGUUACAAAAUAGAGAAUUCAAAUCAUAA